CGCUGCAGGAUUUACUACACUGAGAGCAGAGGCAGUCUGACAGUUUGAUACUUGACUCGCUAAGUAACAUCUGCAAACAUGGUUGAAACUUUCUGCGCUACAUGGAAGCUGAUUGACAGCCAGAACUUUGAUGAAUACAUGAAGGCACUUGGUGUUGGUUUUGCCACAAGGCAAGUGGGAAAUGUCACCAAACCAACAGUAGAGAUCAGCCAAGAUGGGGACAAAGUGGUGGUGAAAACCCUGAGCACCUUCAGGAACACAGAGAUCUCCUCCAAACUGGGAGAGGAAUUCGAUGAGACCACACCUGAUGACCGACAUGUCAAAUCUACCUUCACCAUGGAAGGAGACAAACUUGUGCAGGUGCAGAAGUGGGAUGGCAAGGAGACCAAAUUUGUCAGAGAAAUCAAGGAUGGCAAGAUGGUGAUGACUUUGACCUUCGAGGGAGUCCAGGCUGUCCGCACAUAUGAGAAAGCCUAACUUUACCAUCCACUUAAAUGAGCAAAUCAUCCCAGCAUCAAUUUAACAAGUUUUUUUUUUUUUAAAUGUUCUUUUUAUUGUAUGCAGUGAUUUGCACUUGAUUUGUCAUUGUAACACAAGAUAAAUAUUUUGGGAAAUCAUUUUGUAAGAUCUUUUGUAAGAAAUUCGGAGAUUGCGUCUGAGACUGUGAAGAGCCUAAAGUGUGUCAUUCUGUGUAUCACUUAUGAAAAAGGGAACAAAUAAACUUCUUAACGAAA